AUGGGUAAUAAUCAUAGUCAUCGUAAAAAAAAGGAUUACAAUACUAACAAAAUAGAAAACACGAUUUAAUAGAAUGAAUAUCCCAAAGGUGUAGUUAUUAAAAAGAGUUCACAAUUUCAAAUUUAUUAUCAUUCAGCUCAUUAUUAUUAUAACCCUUAUAUGAACUUCCACAUAGAUAUCGAUGUAGAUAGAGUUAAUAAUUUGGUGAUAGUUACAAAUACACUAUCAGAAAAUGUAUAAAACCUAUUUCUCGCUAUAUCAAAAUUUAAAAACUUAGAUAGUCUUUAGCUAAAACUUGGGCCAUGCAACUAUCUCAGAAAUUCAGAUAUUGUUGAGCUCGCAAAUCAAAUUGAAAUAUUAUAAAAUUUAAAAGAUCUUAAAAUAGAUUUCUCUUCUAACUUUAAACUAGAUAAAUUAGAUGGAGAAGAUUAAUCUAAUUUAGGUGUUUCAAAACUCGCUAAAGCUAUUUCAUCAUUUGGAAAACUAAAAAAUUUGGAAAUGAAUUUUGAAUCUUGUCAAUUGAGAGAUUAAUCUUUGAGUGAUUUUUUAGAUGGGCUCUACACUUCGAAAAUUGAAUCGUUAUCUUUAAAUUUAUCUAAUAGCAUGAUCAGUGAAAAAGCAGGGUAUUCCUUAGCUAUGCUUUUAAACAAUUAACAAGGUUUAAUUGAAAAGCUUAGGUUAAAAAUUGUGCUUACAAAAAUUAAAGAUGAAUUCUUUGAAUAGUUCUUUAAGUUUAUUAAAAUUGGUCAUUUCAAAUUGAAAGUUUUUGGCAUAUCAAUAGCGUCUUGUGAGAUGAAUAAAAGUAUAAUAAGUGAGAACAUGCUUGGAAAUUUUCUGAAGCUUAAUAUGUCUAUUGAGGAUUUCAGUUUGAAUAUAUAAAAUAAUUAAGUUAAUGAUGGAGAGAUUACCUAAUUCAUAGAUUCACUCACCUCCCAUUCUUCUAUAAAAAAAUUAAAAUUAAAUUUUUCAAAUAAUAAAAUAACGAAAAAGGAUACACUUGAAUAUAUUGGAAAGAGUUUAGCUAAAAUGGAUAAGUUAACUCAUCUCAAUUUAUAAUUUGAAUCAUUGAAUAUAGAAAUUCCUAAGGAAAUAUUGCAGACAAUAAAUCUCAAUAAAAAUCUUCACACCCUCCAAUUAUUUUUAUCGUAAAAUAUUAUUAGCCAUGAGUUUAUUAAUAGCUUGCAUGAAGUAUUUUCAUAGGACAUUUCUUCUUUAAAAGCUUUAGAAAUAGAUAUAGGUCAAAAGUCAAUUGAUAAAAUAUCAGAUCAUUUAUGUUCCUUUAUUAGAUGCUUAAACUCAUCUAAAUCUCUUGAAUUAUAAGUAUUAAAACUCUAUUUUCCUACUGCAUUUGCUGAUACUUUAGCUCUAGAAUAAUAAUUAUCAUAAAUGAAGGUAUCUAUACAUACUCUUCAUUUAAAGGUCUCUCAAUAAAAUUUUCCCAGUAUAAUGAGAGGCUUGAGGGAUAGCAACAUUUGUGAAUUAUUCAUUUAGGAUGUCAAGAGCAAUUAACCUAUGAAUGAUACUAAUUUUGUUAAAGCAUUUAUCUAAUUGGUUUCAUAAAAUUAAUCUCUAACAAGAUUGUAUAUAAAGGGAAGUGGUGAUAACUCACUUUAUCUACCAGAUUAUUAUAAGGAUUAAUUUUAGUUAUGUUUAUACUCAAGUCAAAAGUUGAUUGACACUUGGUUUAUUAAGGGUGAAACUGGUUCAGAUAAGCUAUGCGAGUUAUAAAGUUAUAAAAUAAUUCUUGAAAGAAGGUCUAUAUUCUGUUUAGUUGUUGCCUUUAUAAGAAAUUGUAUAGAUUAGAUUCCUGUCAACCCUUAUCACGUUUUUUGGGAUUUAUAUUUAGAUUGA